AUGAGUGCUCGCAAAAAGGUUCGAAGAGAUGAUGGAACGUCUUCAAAAAAACCAGUAUGGAUAGAUGACCAAGACAAGGACUCUGAAGAGGAACACCUGGAAGAUAUGCUCUUCGGAAGCAAGUCAUUCAAGCAGAGCCAUCGUUUGCAAGACGAGAUUACUGGUUUGGAGCAUGUAGAAGAUUCAGACUUAUUCUUUUUCGACACUGGUGCGGUCAAGUCUCGCAGUGAGAGGAAUGAAGAGAGCAACGACGACAGCGAUAGCGACGAUGAGAUGCAAAGUGACCGACGCAGUGAAGCUCCAGUCACGCCCAAGACCCGUGAUUCGUUGCGACCCAAGGCAAACGGCCCCGUCUGGGAGGAUCCAGACGACCAGCAACUACAGAUCUCGAUCUCUUCGGAUAGACGCCUACGAAAGCUCAGAAUAGACCAGUCCGAAGACGUAAUUACAGGCAGUGAAUAUGAACAAAGGCUACGACAGCAGUUUGAAACCAUUAAUCCACUACCAGAAUGGGCUGCAAAAGCAAGGCGUAAGCGCACGAGGGAUGAGAUGGAAGGCCAUGACGGUGUGAUUAUCAAUUCAACCACUGGUGGAAUCUUGUCUACUGGGAUCAAGAGCCUGGAAAAAGGGUCGCUUGAAGUCGAACGCUUACGGGAUGCGAAUCAAGCAAGCCCGACAGAAGGCGAUGUCAAGUCCAUCAUGUUCCACCCAUCUCCGACGGUUUCUUUGUUGCUAAGUGCUGGAGGAGACCGGCGACUGAAGCUCUUCACCGUCGACGGCCACACAAACCCGCUGCUGCAAACCGUCCAUAUUCCAUCUCUUCCUAUAUCCUCUGCCGUGUUUCACCCUUCUGGAUCGUCGAUACUUCUCACUGGACCACGACCAUUCUUCUUCAACUAUGAUCUACAAUCUGGAGCCUGCACGAGAUCACCUCGGGGUCUCUGGGGCACAUUUGCCUCAAAACCCGAUGACGUUGAUAAAUCCCUCGAGAUCAAUGCGUUUUCGCCAUCGGGUGAAGUUUUGGCUGUGGCUGGGAGGCGAGGUUAUGUUCACCUUGUGGACUGGACUGUCGGAAGUCCGCAAGUCGUCGCCUCGCUGAAGAUGAACACACCAGUCAAAUCGUUAUGGUGGAACACCGCAUCGAGCAGCAAUAUGGAACUUUGCUCCCUUGGCGAAAACUCGGAGGUAUAUGUUUGGGAUGUGCGCUCGCGGGCCUGCCAAGCACGAUGGAAGGACGAUGGAGGCUAUGGAGCCACUACCAUUGUUGGAUCACCAAACAACGAGUAUACGGCUAUAGGAUCAAAGUCAGGGCUAGUAAACGUCUACGACUCGCGCAGAUCAUCAGAACCCAAACUUCUUAAAGCUAUAGGGAAUCUCACGACGGCAAUUUCUUCCCUUCAUUUUAACCAUUCGUCUGAACUUCUGGUAAUGUCUUCUCGCUUGAAGAAGUCCCAGCUUCGACUAGUCCAUUUACCUUCGCUCACCGUCUUCUCCAACUGGCCAACAUCUAGUACACCGGUGGGCAAGGCCACUGCGACGGCGUUUUCUCACAACAGCGAAUACCUCGCGAUUGGAAACUCUCGCGGUCGAGUCUGCUUGCUCGCGAUGAAGGUCGCAUCCCUUCUUUUCUUUGCGGGUGUUUUCGCAAGUGUUCAAGCUGAAACGGUCAACGAAGUGCUCAGGCGCUCUGGGGUUGUCAUUUCUGAGUGCAAGCUGCCCAAGACCGCCGCUCUAACUUUCGACGACGGGCCCAACCAAUACAAUGUGGAUAUUGGGACGACGCUUCGGAAGUACGGCGCUAAAGGCACAUUCUUCAUUUGCGGAAACCUAUACCAUUGCAUUUACGACUAUGCGGAUAGUGUUCGCAAGUUGUUCCUCCAAGGCCACCAGAUUGCCUCACACUCGUGGAGUCAUCCCGAUUUAGCGAAAUUAAAUGUCUCUGCCAUUACUGCCGAGCUGGAAAAGACGGAUCAAGCCAUCCAAGAUAUAAUUGGCUUCAGACCUGCGUAUAUGAGGCCGCCGUAUGGCUCUUACAACGACAAUGUCACCGCGGUAGCAAAGGCGAGAGGCCAGGACGUCGUAAUCUGGAACUUUGACUCUCAAGACUGGAAUAGUCUCACUGCUAACCAGAGUGAGACACGCUAUAGCGACUUUGUGGCGACCAAACCCAAUACGGUGCUCGCGUUGAACCAUGAGACGUACAAUACUACGGCUCAUGAAGUGUUACCCUAUGCGAUAAAACUGCUGCAAAAGAACGGAUACAGACUCGUCACCGUCGCGGAAUGCGUUGGUGGCAAGCCGUAUCUCCCUCCCAAGCCUCCCAAGCCUCCGCACUUGCCUCCUCCACCCCCGCACUCGCCCCCUCAUGGGCAUUUGCCCAGACACUUCCUCGAUGUCAGAGGAAAGACUUGCUCGUAA